CUCUAUUAUUUACCAUCACUAAAGUGAACUGUGCUAUAUUUUGAUUUAUUUCUGUUGUUGACAGAAUCGAAGCUAGAUUUGAAAUAAAAAAGCAGUUUACAUGGCAGCCGCCCGACGUGAUAUAGCGCCGUUCUUGCAACGUGUGCGUGCUUUCCUCCUCGGCCGCGAACACACCGUUGCACUGCGGUUCGAGGAUGGCCUGGCCGAUCGCACACAGCCCCAACCAGAGAUCCCCGACGGUCCCUCGCAUCAGUACUCGGCCAACUACUAUUGCUCCCGUGAUGGUCGCCGUGAAGUGAAUCCGCCAAUUGACCUGGUGCAACAACAUAAACUGCUCGGGGCGGAGGGUGAGGCACCCGCAUCCAAGGCUGGCUCCAAGCUGCCAACGCCGGGCAAAGUCUACGCAUGGGACUAAACAAGUCUCGCUGCGAACUGCAGACAUAGAAUAUGGAAUUACCUUUUUUUUUGUUCUUUCUUGUGCUCGGUUAUUUCCGUAGGAAAUGCUGACUGAUCCUAAAAUAGAAACAAUGUGAAACCAAAAA